AUGAAACGUCCUGCAGCUAAGACGCCUUUAGCUCCCAAAGCCUCAGGAGCCAAGAAAGCUGCCGUUGCAAAGAUCAAAAAGCCUUCAGCUUCUGCGAAGCAGCUUCCAAAGAAGAAGCCCCAGGCUGCGCCCAAAAAACAAACCAAAAAGGAACCAAAGGAUGUCUCCAAGUCGAUCUCGUUACGAAUCCUCUACAUUGCUGGAGGGGAGCUGCUGCAUCUGACCUGUCCGGCCACAUGGACCACCACGGAUGUGAGAGCAGCGGUGAACCAGGAACUGUCGAGGGUCCAAGCUGAUGGGCGUCUUGAAAAGUUGGUUCAUGUUGGAGGCGGGGUCAUCCCGGAUGGACAAAAACUGGCAGAGGCUGGUUUGCAGCAUGGAGCAGAAAUCUAUGCGGUGCUCUACCAGCCUCUGUCUAGUGAGGAGGAGGAAGAAGAUGAACUCUUUGAUGGUUACUCUGACUACGAGCUGGAUGAUGACUUGUACGAUUUGGACCACACCCGACCGGCUACUGGAGAGUGGGACGAGUGCAUCCAUGGAUGCGGCAACCGCGGCAGCAGUUACUAUGGCGGUGAGUGCCGCAGUUGCUAUGGAGCCUUCCGCUUCGAGUGUUACGCCUAUCCGGGCCACUACUUAGCCUUCUUCCCACCGACGCAUCUUCGAGUGGUGGGAGGCACUGUCGAAGAGAAGACUGCCAUUGAUUUCAUGCUGGUGGAUUAUGCCAAGAUGUUCCAAUACAUCACCGUAGAAGAGGUGCUGACGCCUGCUGUGACGAAACUGGGUGGCCAGCACAAGUCCGUAUCAUUGGACGACCUUCGACAGGACAAGAAUGUCCGGCUGUACUUCGAGAACGUGCAGAAAAAGCCGAUCUGGGCCGAUGAGGACUUUGAGCUCUUCUUUGGCACCAGAGCCAAUGAGUGGGACUACGAUGCAAAGAGAGCAGAGGUGCGAUUGCGUUCGAAGCACGAGCAGAUGGCACAACUGCUGCGGCGUGCACGGAGCGUUGCUGAGGUGGGUGCCGCCAUCUCGGCUUCCUACGAGUUGGACAUCGAACGGCUUCCUUUGGAGACCAUUGAGGUGGUUCUCAAGAGUUUGAGUCUACCGUCCCACCCCAAAGCGGAUGUGACCACACAGAUCAACCACCUGGAUGCGCAGAAGAAGAUUCUCAUCGCCCUGCCCAAUGUGUGCGAAAAGAAGAACAUGUCCUUCAAGCGCACGUUGGAGCUGAUCGUCUUCGCCUAA